UUCAGAUCAAAAAAUAAGCUCCACCAACUUCCAUCCAUGGCUUCCAUCUCCAACCUCUCUACUCAGGCGGCCACUUCUCUGAAGUCUUCUCCUUUGCCGCCCAAACUUGCCACCACCACCACCACCUUCUCUCUCCGAUUUCCUUCCAAACUUGCACUUUCGUCCUCCAGGUUGUCCCUUCGCACCAACGCUCCUCUAGCCGCUUCCUUACUUGUUAGAUGUAGCCAAGUUGGUGGAAAUGGAAGCCAUGUGAAGAGAACAACUCUCCAUGAUCUCUAUGAGAAGCAAGGACAGAGUCCAUGGUACGACAACCUGUGCCGUCCUGUUACUGAUCUUCUUCCCCUGAUUGAAAGUGGCGUCAGAGGUGUUACAAGCAACCCAGCGAUUUUUCAAAAAGCAAUAUCCACCUCAAAUGCUUACAAUGAUCAAUUCAGGGAACUUGUACAGGGAGGGAAAGACAUUGAAAGUGCAUAUUGGGAACUUGUAGUAAAAGAUAUCCAAGAUGCUUGCAGACUAUUUGAGCCAAUCUAUGAUGAAACUGAUGGAGGGGAUGGUUAUGUCUCAGUUGAGGUUUCACCCCGACUGGCUGAUGAUACCCAAGGGACUGUCGAUGCUGCAAAAUGGUUGCACAAAAUGGUUGAUCGUCCAAAUGUAUACAUCAAAAUUCCUGCAACAGCACCAUGCGUUCCUUCAAUCAAAGAAGUUAUUUCCCUGGGAAUAAGUGUCAACGUAACUCUCAUAUUUUCGCUAUCUAGAUAUGAAGCAGUUAUCGAUGCUUAUUUGGAAGGGUUAGAGGCUUCUGGUCUAGAUGAUCUAUCUAGAGUUACCAGUGUUGCUUCUUUCUUUGUGAGUCGAGUAGACACACUUGUCGACAAGAUGCUCGAGAAAAUUGGAACACCCGAGGCUCUUGACCUCCGAGGCAAGGCUGCAAAUGCUCAAGCAGCUCUAGCUUUCCAACUUUACCAGAAGAAAUUCUCUGGUCCAAGAUGGGAAGCCCUUGUGAAGAAAGGUGCUAAAAAGCAAAGAUUGCUCUGGGCUUCAACCAGUGUCAAGAACCCAGCUUACCCCGAUACUCUAUAUGUCGCCCCUCUUGUUGGACCUGACACGGUGUCAACGAUGCCUGAUCAAGCUCUACAAGCGUUUAUUGACCAUGGAAGUGUUGGAAGGACGAUUGAUUCGAAUGUUUCAGAGGCUGAAGGCAUUUACAGUGCUUUGGAGAAGUUGGGCAUAGACUGGGGCUUUGUUGGGUCUCAGCUGGAGCUGGAAGGAGUAGAUUCAUUCAAGAAGAGCUUUGAAAGCCUGCUUGAUAGUCUGCAAGAGAAGGCCAACUCUCUGAAACUAGUCAGCCUGUAGACCUCAAUAUGUGUGUUCAAGUAUUUGAUUUGCAUCGAUAGACCUCAAAAAUAAUAAAGAGAUCAUCGACUGGUCGCCAGUCGGAUGCUCUGUAAAGUGGUUUGGUUGUGUAAGCGAAUGAAAAAUUGUGUAAUGGGAGUUUUCUAAGUGAGGUAGUAGUGAAAUGAUGAAUGAUUUUGGCAUUUAUAUUACUUUCCCUUAUCUUUUCUUC